GAGACGUUUCUGACGUGAGCGCAGAGCCCAGGCGUGUCGUUGUCGGCUCGUGCUUUUGGGGGCGCGCUUUGCGCUAAAGCAGCACUGCCCCUGAACUCCUGUCACGCGCGCUCUCGCUCAGGACGGGCGCAGCAGACUCCAGCGCCCAGUCGCCUCAGCGCCACAAGCCUGCGCGUCUCUGCGCCGCCGCCCUUCAUGACCGAGCUCCUCAGAGACCCGGUGAAACUUGUUUGGCGCACCUGUUAGCGUUUCUCCAGCGGACCGCGCGGCUCAGGAUGAACUCGACGGCGUUUAACGACACGGACGCGGGCUUCUUCUCCAACCUCAGCACCAGCGGCACCAGCGAGAGCUUCCUCGCGUGCUGCAACCUGUCCUCGGCCGUGACGGACCGCGGCUUGGUGAGCCCGGCGCUGGACGAGCGCAGCACCUUCAUCAUGAGCGUGGUGCAGAUCGCGGUGAUGUGCGUCCUCGCGCUCACGGUCGUCUUCGGCAUCUUCUUCUUAGGAUGUAACCUUCUGAUCAAAUCCGAGGGAAUGAUCAACUUCCUGGUGACGGACAGGAGGUCCUCCAAGGACGUGGAAGCGGUCAUCGUGGGCUCGUAUUAGUGCGUAAAGCGCGCUGGCUGGCCGGUGGGAAGCCGCGUGGAUGUUGCCCAUCUCAGUGACCCUGCGCUCCCCAAUCCCUGCACCCUUCAAAAACAUGCUUCUUCAAGGGUUCUUUAGUAAAGACAACGUUCUAUGUAGAACCAUGUGCUACGUAGGAUCAUUUCAUGGUGGUGAAGCUGUUGAGUGUGUUGCGCGUGGUUCUACAGCACUAAAGAAGGUUCUUCUGUUGUUACCAGGUGAAGCUUGUAACACAAGCAGAACCAUUUUUGGCACCAUAGUGAACCACUGUUCCAUAUAGAACCAUAUUCAACACAUUCACCAUCAUGUCUGAAGAAUCGUGGAUCUAAAUAGAACCAUCACCUUUACGAAAGAACCCUUGAGGAACCAUCUUUGUAAGUGUGUAUACAGACUAAAAACUUUUGCCUCUGUCCACUAAAGCCACAGACUGAAUGCUGAUGACCAGAGAGGCAGUCCACUGUUCUGGAUUAUGCUUCAGUGCACUUUGUUGAAGGACGGAACUCGUUUUGUAAAGAACUCAAUUCUUUUUGUGGUGAAGAACUGAUGUUGGAAUGCAGCCUGGAUAAGAAGUAGCUCCUAAUAUUUAAUGAAAUAAAUGAGACGUGUGAGACAGUCUGACUGUUA